AUGAGUCUCUCAGGACGGCAGCAGAUUCUGUUGAGUAUCUAUGGAGCAAUUAAUGAUGGCAAGAAAAAGGCAUUGAAGAAGCCACAACGUCCUAGUACCAGCUCCGCACUCGUCCGACGACCGAGCAGUGCUCGGCGUCCUGCACCUUUCGUCCGCACUGACAGCAAGGAGCGGCAACAUGGUGAUGAAGAAAAUAAAACCAAACAACCUAACGGAGACCAAAUAGAAAUCGCGCCGACUCCAUCGUCUUUUGAAGCCCGUAUGAGCUUUGCCGAAGACGAGAAAGUAACAGCAAUACCGAAACCCGCCUCUCAAAGGUUUGUGCAGUGUAAUGGAGAGGGGAAACAGAAAAUGGAGGCGAUCACAGGCGGACGCAGUGAAAAUGUUGCAUCUGUUAGCAAAGGAACCAAUGCUGCUGCUGUAAUCAAAGAUGGUGCUGUCAUUUCGCUGUACGGGGAUGGAUUUCUUGAGAUUCCGCUAUCAAAAGGUCCAGAAGGUAAAGAAUCGUCAAGACUGCUUGGUAGUAGUGGGUUUUCUAUCACUAUGUCAUUAUUCAAAGCCGCUGACACAGAAAAGCACAAAGCACGAGUUGAAAAGGACGGAGCUCGACAUACAACUCCAGAACUGGACGAUACUGGAGACUUCGUGCGGUGGCUCUGCUGCGGCAGCACAGACAGAAGUGUAUUUGGCUGCUUUGCUAACCAGGAUGAAGGAAGCGAAGGUAUACGCAAGCCGGGUUGUUUAUUAAACGAUUUUCAAGUGACUUCUGCCAUGUCUGGAGUAGGACCAGGCAAGUCGACGCCGAGAUUGUUGUGUGCUAAGCUUCACGAAUACAGUGUCCAGCGAAGUCACGAUCAUGUUUGCCGAUCACACGUCGAGUACGAGCAAAAAACCAGUGCUCUUAUUGCUAGUAUCGAACAAAUGAGUCCUUUACUUACGGUUGUGGUGAAUUCUCGCUCACCGAUUGGAUCUUUUGAGAUUUCAAUGGAACUUACACGUGCUGCAGGGAGAAGCCCCGUUGUUGUAAUGCUACAUUCGAUGAAUAUAUCUGGCUGUUUCCCGAAGCUGGAAGAUAUCAAGAAGAAGAUCGAGUCUAUCGUGUUAUUCGAGGCGAAGCGAUCUCCAGGCGAAGAAAUUCAGAUCCAGGCGUUCCGUCAUUUGCUCGCAGUAGCUGGCCAAUCACGUCACAACAGAGAACGAAUAUUCAUGGAAUCAGUGAUCAACCGAAAGCUAGUGUUGACUGAGCGAAAAGUGGCUGCAGAGUUCGAGAAGAUUGGCUUUUUCUUCGCAUCAACAGAGUUGCAAGAGGUCGUGAGUUAUCUUAAACGUAUCCAGGACAAUUAUUCCCGAACACAUAACCAUCGUAUGGAUGAUCUGCCGAGUUUGUCGAUGCUGACGCCAACUCCAACAGGACUGUACACGCUCCCGUUUAUGAAUACUUUGCUAGUGUCUUCGACUAUGAUGUGCGAUAAUGGCGGUCCGAGAUCACCGUGGCGGUUCGUUUGUGUUCUCGUUGACCACGAUUUCCAGCUCGUUGAUUUCGUUCACGAAGGGUGUCCUGUAACAAAACGAGGGGGUAUUUCUUAUCGUCAGGGCCAGUCAACCUACAACGGCAUCGUGGAUCGCUUAUACCUUCGCCUCACCGCUUUGUCCAACAGAGUUUUUUGCGUUCUGUUCUCUUUGCAAAAGAUCACGGAAGACGAAAGUACCAAUAUCAGUGGCCCAAAUUUUACAAGAAACAUGUCAAAAGUGCGGAUCCAAAUUGAAAAUGUGGAAGAGCAUCAAGUUUUGGGCAUGUUUGAUACAAAACCACAUGCGAAGUGUCGAUGGUUUACCUUGGCUGCAGUAUAUCGAUCGAAGAAAAACAAUCAGUGGAAACUCCAGGCCAUCGGAGGGUGUGGAAGUGCAACCUCUAUCUAUGCUGGUGUUGACGAAUUAAACGUGUUACUCGCGGAGUUGAGAAUCAUCCAAACUUACGAAAUCAGAGUAUAUUACAUCGAAACUGGAGCUGAAAACGAACACUCAACAACGGAGAAUCACGAGAGUCGAGAUUUUGUUCGUCGUCUGGCAAAAAACAUUCGCUUUGGUCGAAAUGGUCGUAUCGUGCUGGUUCCGGUACUGGAAAGUAGCGACAAGCUAAGUAACAUUCGCUUUCGGAUAGCAUUGAAGCUGCAAGAAAUGGAACACGAAAUUGACGUCUACACGCACCACAACGCUGCGAAUCGCUCCCUACCGACUAUUCAAUCGGUUUAUCGCACAAUUUUGCGCAUUCUAUCCCAGCAUGGGAUCAAGGAAUGCCUACAACAAAACCCGUUCGCGCCGCAAAACAAAAAAGUAAGAAGGCAUGUCGAGUUUCGAAUCGUGAGUGCUCAGACAAAUGAUCCCGUUGAAAAAGUUCACGUCUUUAUCGAGAAGAACGUCUCGUUUGAUGCUCUAGGCUCGAAUCUGGCAAAAACUGUGCUGCCAACACUGAUGAUGGGGUCUCGACUCAUGUCAAUUCGACGUCGCUUGCAAAAGAAACGAGUCACUGAAAUCACACGAGAGGUGGCGGAAACUUUUGUCUCUGACUGUAUCGCUAAGGCUUUAAAGCGAACAACGAUUGCGACCAGUUUGAAUGUCAAAUUAGUAUCCGUCGUACGUGCACGAGCGUUGUUGAGAAACGUUAUGCGGCAACGAUACGAGAAAAUCAAAAAUGGUAUUAUUGAGCGUGCGCGUAAGAGUGAACAGGCUCGCGAGUUUUCACAGAUUUUCCCGACUCGACUGCAAAAGCUCUUUGCAAAUUCUUUAGAAUUAUCGAAUUCUGAACGGGAUUUACUACGAAAUUCAACAAGAGAAGAGCUUGCAGAACUCGAUCUUAUGCUGCGUGGAAUACCUAUACCGCUAAAGGAAAAGAUGCCAAUGGACGAAAAUUACCUUCUUGAGGAGUGGACCAAGGCUCAAUUUGCAACGGAGAGUCUUGAAGACAACUCAAAGAAUGAAGCGAAUUUAUCGGAGAAUCAAACUUCCUCGGAGGACUCAAGCAAGCCGGAAGAAACAUCGGAUGGAGUAGUCAAAGAUCGCAGACAAGUACUUGUGACGGACAGUGAAGGGAGAGCGAGUUGUCGUCUGGUUCCUGGAAGCUAUUCCCUGUACGUUUUCCAUCUCGACUACUUCGAGUGGACGUCACUUGUUGCAGUCUACCCAACAAUUUCUGCAUCAGGACUCUCUAGUGGCCCUACAACAGCGACAUCUUCGGUCCAGGAAAUCGUGAUCCCACUCGAUGUAUAUCGAUGGACUUAUUCUCUGCAACUUGUGGAUUAUUUCCAUCCUCACGCCAACGUUAAACUUGCUGGUAUUCCGCUUCAAAUCACCAACAAUUGCAGUUCCGAGCGGCAAAUUGUCAUGACCGACUCGAACGGAUGUGCCACGUGGGAUGUGAGCAAAGGUUUGUACGCUGUCGAUGUGCUCCGCGAAUGCAGUUGCGUUCUGUACUCCGCUUUAAAGCAAGUGGUGGUAGACGGUGGUCGGUAUCGCACUUCAAGGACAAUUCCCAUGCCUGUGCUGUUCGGUGGCGUCAAGGUGACUGUGCUAGUAGUUUCCAUCAAAAACACUCAUUCCGAUCUGGCCAACAUAAAAUUCCAUGCUGCUAGCUUUAUUGGAAACAUUGCAAAUGUUACUGUGGAUAAACGACGCAACGCACGAAUUCCUAUUAAAACUGACUUGGCUAUGAAAGAAGAACCUAGCGAAGGUGACGUCUCUGUGGGCAGUUCACGGGUAUUUAAGCUGCGACUUGGCACAUAUCGUCUAAAAGUUACAUCAAAUGAUUACUUUCCAGUGUCGCUGCCAGUGAAAGUUACAUGGGCGAGUAGUAAAACUCAAGCAAAAGAUGGCAAUCGAUAUCUCGGAGUAUUGAGUCCACUGAUCACAACAGAGCGAACAUUUCGCGUAGUGUUGUCAUAUGUGGAUGAAGUGGAGACCAUGGAUUUAAUUCUCGAAGUGUGGAAGGAUAAAGCACUCGUUGGGCAUGUGUGGCGGCAAAACUCGGAUAAUUGCAGUCACGUGGAGCUGGAAAUCAUCAACACUCUUGAAGGGUGCGAGUAUCAGUCUUUUUUACUUCAUUGCCUACAAGGAUUUACGUACAACUGCAUCGUGGCAUCGAAUGUCUCUAUGACACAGUUUUUACGCCUCCAAGUGCAGAUUUAUUCGUCUGCGGGGCUAAUUUACCAGUGCUCGGACCCGCCUUCGAUCGGCGAGUUGUACUGGCACGUUUGUUCCUGGGAUAGUAGCGGCGCGCUGGACUCCACUACUGCGUGAUCUAAUGUUUAGUUCCCAGGGAUGCGAUAACUCGAUUGCAAACCGAAGAGAUGACGUCCAGACCUUCGCUUGCCGCGUUUUCCGAGAGUUGUAGAAUGGUGGCAUAGAUUACAUCCACGUCCACCGACUGGCGAAGAGUAUUCACACUGAGCAAUGCCUCUAGUAGUUCGAGAGUGACAACGACAAGAUCGACGUCUUCUUCGUAAAGCGGCCAGCGAGCAAGCGGCUCGUGUAGAGUCUGGGUGACUGCGUGCGGGUUGGCCAUGCAGAACGAGACCACGUGGAGGAGCAACUUAUGCUCCGCUCGGAUCAAUCCGCACAGAAUCAUGAACGAGUGCACAUUUUCCGAAGACACCACCGGAUCGAGCAAGAAACUGGUGAAAUCGCUGAUCCAUGGAUGCUUUUCCAUCUGAAUUCCCAGUCAAAUAACAGUAUUUUAGUGCGCUUGUCAUCGUCAAAACCUUAUAGCAACGGUACAUACCUGGAAGUCGUCGCUUUCAGCGCAUCCAACGAGUACCGUAGCCACAGCUUCGGUGCGAAGACGCAGAAACUUUCCCCAUUGAGAACCGUCCAGCAUUGAAGGCAGUAAAGGCAGCACCAGUUCAUUUGCCAGCGGAUGAAUGUCCUCACGACAGGCUGCAGCUAUGCGAGUGAGGCCCGACACAAUACGGUUUGCUGUGGACUUGGAAUACCGGUCCAACUGAUUGAUAGCCUGACACAGCGUCACCACGGCAAGUUGACGGCACGAAGCGUACUCUGCACGAGCCUCCGGGACGGUAGACACACGUAGAACAGCCAACACGUCGCCGUACACACGCGGGUCAGCCAGAGUGCCAGCUACGUUGUGCAAAAAAUCCACCUGGGAAGUAAGCAAGUUGGCAGCAUCUGGAUGGUGAAGCCAAGCGAGGAAUGUUUCGACCAGUGUGUGUCGGAUCGCAGAGCAUGCCGCCUUAGCGUUGCGUCGCUCAGCUGAUUGUCUCUUAAAAGAUGUCAGUGCGGUCUAUAGAAUACAAAACGAGCGUGUGAGAAUAGCAGCUCCAACCCGUUCUGAUAAUUUUUUGCUUACCUCAAGGCGAGGCAUCACUGUGCUCAUUGCCUGGAAAGCUCCUUCAAGUGUGGUAGCUGCAAGUUUAUGCUGGAACAAGCAGAUAUCCCGGAUAGACUCAAGCAGAGCGUUGAUAAAAUCAAAGUCAGGAAGAGCGAUCAAUUCUGCGUCAUUCAACCUGAACACGACGUAAAAAUGUCAAUAAAAGAAAGAGAAAGACAACGC